AUGGGAAAAACACUGUUUUCAGGGUUGACUGUGCGCGGUCCCUCUGGUCCUCUGGUUGCUCCUCUGGGAUCUUCAGUGAUUCUGCCCUGUUAUGUUGAUGAACCUUUAUUAAUGGAGGAUCUGGAGGUGGAAUGGAGAAGAACAGACUCAGAGACUUUAGUUCAUCUGUUUCAAGAUGGUGAGAGUCAACCAGAGUCCCAGCAGCAGGAUUAUCAAGAUAGAGCUCAUUUCUUUACUGAACACAUUAAAGAUGGAAACUCCCUCCGUCUGGACAAUCUGAGAGCUGAAGAUGAAGGAGAAUACACAUGUACAGUUCACCGUCAGCAGGAGUCUGGAGAGACUGUGGUUGAAAUAAAAGUUGAUAAUGUUGAGCGUUUGCUGGUCUCAGGAUCAGAUCGGUCCAUAUCUGUGUCUGUGGGUGAAGACGUCACUCUGAACUGCUCUGUAGACUCUCACAUCACUCCUGAAGACUUUGAACAGGUUUCAUGGAAGAAAACUGAUGAAGAUGAAGAAAUUCUGGUUCUGCUCUACCAAGAAAACGAGGCUUUACUAGAUUCAUCACAUGAGCGAUACAGAGACAGAGUUGAGUUCUUCACUGCUGAAAUCCCCAAAAGAAACUUCUCUUUCCGACUGAAGAGCGUCAGAACUGAGGAUAAAGGAGUUUAUAUGUGUGAAGUGUUUGCUGGAGGAGCUUCAGCCAAUGCAACUGUAGUGCUGGAGAGACUGGGUUUCUCUGCUCUACACAUAAUAAUGAUGAUUCUCUGUAUUUCUGCAUCUGGAUCUGCUCUUCUGCUCUGCUGUCUGAUCUACUGCAGAUCUCCUACUAAAGGUUUGAUUGUGCAAAAUUCUUUAAACUAUAAUGUUCUGGGAGGUUCAGUGGUUUUGCCCUGUCAUGUUCCUCCAAAUUUACUAACUGAGGAUCUGAAGGUGGAAUGGAGAAAAAAAGACUUAAAGGAUCUGGUUCAUCUGUAUGAAGAUGGUGAGAGUCGAGCAGAGAAACAGCACAAGGAUUAUCAAGAUAGAGCUCAUUUCUUUACUGAACACAUUAAACAUGGAAACUUCUCCCUCCGUCUGGACAAUCUGAGAGCUGAAGAUAAAGGAGAAUACACAUGUACAGUUCACAGCAAGAGGCGCUGUGUGUUUUCAGCCAAGACAAAUUUGGAUCUGAAGUUCUACAUUACUGAUCAACUCAUUCCUCUGGGAGGCUCAGUGGUUUUGCCCUGUCAGGUUGACAAAAGCUUGUUACAGAAGAGUCUGAAGGUGGAAUGGAGAAGAACAGACUCAGAGACUUUAGUUCAUCUGUAUGAAGAUGGUGAGAGUCGAGCAGAUGAACAGCACAAGGAUUAUCACAAAAGAGCUCAUUUCUCAAAUAAGAAGAUUAAAGAUGGAAACUUCUCCCUCCGUCUGAAAAAACUGAGAGCUGGAGAUAAAGGGGUUUACAGAUGUACAGUUUACAGUGACCAGGACUGUGUGUCUUCAACCAAUACAGAGUUUAUAUUGGGAUUCAUUGUGGAACCUUCUCAUCACACACCUGUUCCUCUGGGAUCUUCAGUGGUUCUGCAUUGUUAUGUUGAUGAACCUUUACUAACUGAAGAUCUGAAGGUGGAAUGGAGAAAAAAAGACUUAGAUGAUCUGGUUCAUCUGUAUGAAGAUGGUGAGAGUCGAGCAGAUGAACAACACAAGGAUUAUCAAGAUAGAGCUCAUUUCUUUACUGAACAGAUUCAACACAGAAACUUCUCCCUCCGUCUGGACAAUCUGAGAGCUGAAGAUGAAGGAGAAUACACAUGUACAGUUCACAGUGGAUUAUCUCAGGAUCGAAAGCAAUUUUCAACCAAGAUAAAUGUGGUACUGAAACUACUAGACACAGUGUUUCGUCUUCAGAUGUUUCUCGUCUUCUGUCCAAAUAUUCUGAUGUUUCUGUCUUUCCUCCUCUGGGGUUUUUCUGAAGGAUCUCUGUUUGAGUCGGUCUCUUGUUGUGCUCUUUAUUUUCUGAGGCCUCUCAUGUUGCUCUGGGCUCCUUAUAUCAAUGAUUUCACAGCAUAA